AUGCGCCUCUUAAAGCUCAACGGCAACGGCGGGUUCAUCCUGGAGACCUUUGGAACCACGACCCCUCCUUACGCCAUACUUUCUCAUACAUGGGGAAGCGACAGCGAUGAAGUCACAUUCAAGGACGUCGUGGACGGUACUGGGAAGAAUAAGGCUGGAUACCAGAAGCUGGUAUUCUGCGGAGACCAAGCCAAGUCCGACAGUCUAUCCUAUUUCUGGGUGGACACAUGCUGCAUCGAUAAGUCGGAUACCCACGAACUUACGAAGGCAAUCAACUCUAUGUUUCGCUGGUACCAGAAUGCGACGCGAUGCUACGUCUAUCUCUCAGACGUUUCUGUACGCACGCAGGAUGGGCAGGCUACUCAUAUCGAGUGGGAGUCUUCUAUGCGCAAUAGCCGAUGGUUCGAACGAGGAUGGACACUCCAAGAGCUUCUCGCGCCGAAAAUAGUUGAAUUCUACUCCCGAGAUCACGUCCGACUAGGUGAUAGAAAGUCACUCGAACGGCAUAUCUGCGAGAAAACAGGAAUCGCUCUAGAGGCACUCCAGGGCCGUCCACUCCAUGGUUUCAGCGUCGAGGAGAAGUUUCGAUGGAUAGAGAAGCGGAAAACGACCGAGGAGGAGGACAUGGCAUACUGUCUCCUUGGAAUUUUCGAUGUUUUCUUGCCACUUAUAUAUAGCGAAGGCAAAGAGAAUGCAAUGAGAAGGCUGCGACGAGAGAUCAAGGACUCUAAGCAUAAAUCGCGGUCAUACGAAAAGCUAUCACGUACUAUCCCCUUCGAGCGCAAUCUUCGCUUCACCGGUCGCGAAUCCGAGCUUUCUAGAAUUGAAAAGCUACUUUUCCAACAUGGCCAAACCGUAAAGAUCGCAAUUACAGGACUUGGAGGCGUAGGGAAGACGCAAUUAGCGAUCGAGACUGUCUAUCGGACCAUGGAGAAACAGAGUGACUGCUCAGUAAUUUGGAUUCCCGCUACCGAUCCCGAAACCCUUCUUCAGGCGUUCUCGGCAGUCGCCGAAGAGUUGGAUAUACCUGGAAGAGACAAGCAAGGAGCGGACGUAAGACGUCUAGUUCAGAACUACCUCAGCAACGAAGGCGCGGGCCAGUGGCUGGUGGUGUUUGACAACGCCGACGACAUGGAUAUGUGGAUGGGGAAACCAGCCGAGAGACAAUCUAUCCGUCUCCUCGACUACCUUCCAAAGAGCAGGCAAGGAAGCAUCCUCUUUACUACGCGAGAUAGGAAGGUUGCUACCAAGCUGGCGUCUCAGAAUUUGGUAAAAGUCCAAGAAAUGAACGCAGAGGUGGCUUCGGAGCUAUUACAGAAAUGCUUGAUCGGACACGAUGUAGCGGCCUGCCAAACAGAUACUGAAGCCUUAGUCACACAGCUGACUUACCUGCCGCUCGCCAUUGUUCAGGCGGCAGCGUAUAUUAAUGCGAACGACACCUCGAUUACCGACUAUCUUUCCUUACUUGAUGAGCAGGAUACGUCUAUAAUUGAACUUCUGAGCGAAGACUUUGAAGAUGACGGCAGAUACCGCAAUAUCAAGAACCCAGUGGCCACAACAUGGCUGAUAUCGUUCGAGCGAAUUCAGCAGCACGAUUCUUUGGCAGCAGACUACUUAUCUUUAAUGGCAUGUAUUGAGCCAAAAGAUAUCCCGCAGAGUUUUUUUCCACCUGGCCCAUCUCGCAAGAAGGAGAUAGACGCUAUCGGGACGCUUCACGCCUAUUCAUUUAUUAGUAAACGUCCAACAGAUCUUACUGUCGAUCUUCAUCGGUUAGUACAUAUAGCUACUCGAAACUGGCUUCAAGAGAACGAUCAACUGGUCCAGUGGAAAGACAAAGCAGUCGUACGACUAGAGGAAGUUUUUCCCGACAACACCCACACCAACAGGAGCAAAUGGAGGGCAUACCUGCCGCACGUGCGCUUUAUACUACAGUCUGGCCUCCUUCAGAAGGAUUCGAAGAAGCGGACAGAUCUCCAACGGAGAUAUGGAACGUGCCUCGACGCCGACGGACGAUGGAGUGAGGCAGAGGUCGCUUAUUCCCAGGCCCUCGAGAUAGAAGAGAAGGAGCUGGGCCCAGAGCAUCAUUCAACGCUGACCAGCAUGGCCUACCUGGCGUCGACGUACAGGAAUCAAGGCCGAUGGAAGGAGGCCGAAGAGCUGCAGCCGACCUAG